AUGGCAGAGAGAAAUAAUAGCAGAGUUCGUGGAAUCUUUCAGAACUCAGCAAAUAGUUAUCCACACGGGCAAGUUGGUGACUCGACCUGGUUUUCACCCAAUCCCCAUAAACACAUAUUGGGACGCUAUAGCCCUACUAUGGAGAUCCCAUAUCAAAAAAAGGAAAAUGACACCGACUUAUCUGGCCGAGAUGCUAGAACUCUUGGGAGAGAAGGUGGUGUUAAUGGAACCGAACCCAGUGACGCUCCCAAGGACAAUAAACCUCAUAUUUUCAACUCUGAAAAGGAAGAAAAAAUGGUGAAGAAAAAGUCCAAGAUGAAAAAAAAGGGGAAAAAAAUCAUGCAAAAGAAUAAUAAUGAAUCAAUACAUAUACCUGUUCGGGGUGUCCCUCCGCAGUCCAACACCCAACAGCAGGAACCAGGUAAUAGAAUCGAGAGUGAAAAUGAUGUUAAUGUUAAAGUGGUGUCACAAAAAAGCUGUUCUAACAGUGGAGCAAUCGAAAAAAUAUUAACAUUCUUGGGGCAACUGCUCCAAAUUGAUAUCUUGGCAUAUAGAGUCCAAGCCUCCGUGCAUCAAGUGUCAGAAGGUAGCAGAGAGGAUGAACCUCAUGGGUGUGACAAGAAUUUGCUCAUGGUAGUGGAAAAGUUCAAGAAUGAAUCUGAUAUCUGUCGUAUUGCAAAAUCUGUUUUGUAUGAGCUCAUAAACAAAGAAUCAAGUAUUGAUUUCUAUUCGAAUUACUCUGUUAUGAUCACUUGGGAAGAAUUUGGAUGA